AUGUUCGCUCAACGUUUCGGGCCGCAAGCGCUAUUGCGCAGUGGCGGCCGUAUGCUUGGCCCUAGCGACAAUGCUAUCGUUCGUAACAUUGAGGCCUGUACCGCCAUUGCUGAUAUGUUGAAGACAUCUUUGGGUCCUAAUGGUAUGAAGAAGUUGAUCGUGAGUCACAUAGACAAGCGUUUCGUGACAUCUGAUUGUGAGACUAUAUUGAGUGGUUUGGAUGUGCAGCAUCCUGCGGCUAAAGUGCUGGCUAUGGCUGUACAGACUAUGCAGAGUGAGUUUGGUGAUGGUACUAACACUUUGAUUGCUUUGGCUGGUGAGAUGUUGAAUAAUGCUUCUCUUUUAUUGGAAGAGGGUCUCCAUAUUUCUGACAUUCGUCUUGGUUAUGAGCUCGGCUACAAGCGUUUAUUGGAUCUUUUUGAGAAGCAAGUUAUUUGGGAGGUGUCUAAUAUACGUGAUGAGUCUCAGUUAUCCGAUGUUGUUGGUACUUGUAUCGCUGGUAAGCACAUUUCACGUCCAGAUUUGAUAACGUCACUUGUUGCUAAAGCCUGUGCCUCGAUUAUUCCACCUGAUGCUACUCAAUUUGAUGUUGACAACGUUCGUGUUUUAAAGAUUUGUGGUGGUAGUUUGGAUCAAUCCACUGUGAUGAACGGUAUGGCGAUCAUUCGUGACGUUAGUGGUUCAGUAAAGAAGGUUGGCCGUACAAAGGUGUUAGUGAUCGCUGGUGGUUUAGAGUUUGCUGGUACUGAGGCUAAGAGUACGGUGAUGUUGCAUUCUGCUGAGGAGCUUUUGAAUUUUAGUAAGGGUGAGGAGGUUGAGAUGGAACGUGUGAUUCGUUCUAUAAAGGAUAAAGGUGUAGGUUGUGUGAUCGCAAACGGUGCUGUAUCUGACCUUGCACUGCACUAUUGUAAUGCCAUGGGUAUAAUGGUGGUAAAGAUAACAUCUAAGUUUGAGUUGCGUCGUCUUUGUCGUUCUCUUGGUGCUACUGCCGUGGUUAAACUUGAGGCACCUAAUGAGGAUGACCUUGGUAUUGCAGCUUCUAUAGAGAUGGUUGACCUUUCAUCUCGCAAGACAUUGAUAUUCCAGGCAGUUGACCAUCGUCUUUCUACUAUAAUCUUGAAGGGUGCAACUCAGGGUAUGUUGGACGAGAUUGAGCGUGCUAUCGAUGAUGCUUUAUGCAGUGUGAGUGCUGCUAUUCGUGACCCCCGUUAUCUUCCUGGUGGUGGCGCUUUUGAGAUAGAGAUGGCACGUCAGUUAUCUAAGUUUGCCCAUACAUUGUCUGGUCUUGAACAGCAUGCUGCUCGUAAAUUUGCUGAAUCUUUUGAGGUGAUUCCUAAGAUAUUGGCUAGUAACGCCGGUCAUGAUGCUACUGUUGUAAUUACGGAGUUGUAUGCCGCACACGAUGCUGGCAAUCCGUAUGCGUGUGUUAGCUCUGACCUUGAGCAUCGUCUAUCUGAUGCUCGUUCAAGCCGUGUAUAUGACCACUACGUGGUUAAAUUAUAUUCUACUAAGCUUGCUUAUGAAGCUGUGUCUACAAUUUUAUCUGUAGAUCAGUUGAUUAUGGCUAAGCCUGCUGGUGGGCCCAAGCCCCGCGACCCUGGUCCUCCAGACCUUUAG